AUGGCGGACAAAGAGGAUACUGAAAAGACCAUCGCCGAGGACAUCGUUGUCACCAAGUAUAAAAUGGCCGGUGAUAUCGUAAAUCGGGUCUUAAAGCAGGUCUUAGACAAAUGCGUUGCCGGUGCUUCUGUGCGAGAGAUCUGUGAAUAUGGCGACAAGCUGCUCGUAGAGGAAACUAGCAAAGUUUUCAAAAAAGAAAAAGAACUAAAAAAAGGCAUUGCUUUUCCAACAUGUAUAUCGGUUAAUAACUGUAUUUGCCAUUUUUCUCCUAUUGCCAGCGAACCCGACCUUAUUCUGAAAGAUGAAGAUAUGGUUAAAGUUGAUCUAGGAGCUCAUGUUGAUGGAUUUAUCGCUGUAGUAGCGCACACUAUCAUUAUCGGUUCCUCGAUAGAAAAGAAAGUAACUGGUAGAAAAGCUGAUGUGGUCUUGGCUGCUCAUUAUGCAUCCCAAGCUGCUUUGAGGCUGCUCAAACCAGGCACAGAGACAUACACGAUAACCAGCACCGUAGAAAAAAUUUGCGAUGCUUAUAAGUGUAAACCGAUUGAAGGGAUGCUCAGUCAUCAAUUGAAGCAGUUUAAAAUUGAUGGGGAGAAAACUAUCAUUCAGAAUCCUAAUGACGCCCAGAAAAAAGAACAUGAGAAGUUUACCCUUGAAACUCAUGAGGUGUAUGCAAUGGAUGUACUAGUGAGCACAGGUGAAGGUGUAGGUCGAGAACAGGAUACCCGUGUCACCAUAUAUAAGAAAACUGAAGAUACUUAUCAACUUAAAUUGAAAGCAUCGCGCAUGUUCAUCUCAGAAGUUUCUCAUAAGCAUGGACUUAUGCCCUUUAAUUUGCGUACUUUCGAGGAUGAAAAAAAAGCGAAAAUGGCUGUUAUAGAGUGCGUUAGUCACAGAUUGAUUGAGCCAUUCCAGGUGCUUUACGAGAAACCAAAUGAAUAUGCAGCACAGUUCAAGUUUACAGUACUUUUAAUGCCCACAGGCUCACAUAAAAUAACUGGAAUACCUUUUGAUCUAGAAGCUUUCCAGUCAGACUGUGUAGUAGAGGAUCUUGAAUUAAAGUCUCUAUUAUACACCUCGGCAAACCCUAGGUCAGCAAAGAAGAAGAAAAAGAAGGCUGAAAAAGCAGUGGGCGAAGUGGCGAUGGAAGUUGACGCCAAGGCCUAACACAUUGAUUCUACAAUACCUGACUCACUGACAUCGUGCACUCUCCUUCCUUUUUUAGCCGAAGCGACAUGAAGGGUGAUGCAGGACGCUUUUGAGGAACCCAGUGCGCGAGUAUCAUGCAGAGGGCAAAAGAUUACACAGACGUAAAUUAAUUCUGUCAAAUCGUAAGCACUGCCCUUCAACGUGUGUGCGGAACGUAAACGGUUGGUGCCACGCGUGCCUGCGUUUACGAAUAUUUUGCUCUGCACAGAUUCACUCCUAUCAUGCGCUGCAUUUCAUACUCAUCGACACUUACUUCGGUUUUUGUAUCAGAGUAUAACUUGGUAGACCAUGGUAUCGUUCAAUUAAGUACAGAGGUGCCGAUAGAUCUUUGAAGAUAUAUCCGACACCUGUAUUAGCGCAAACGUAAUUUACAUACGUCUGUAAUGGUUGAGUCCACAUUGUUUGUCUUCAAAGAUAUUUAGAUCAAUCUAGCUAGAGAGGAAUGUAUCACGUGUGUAUGUAUUGUAUGCACUUUGGUGUACCUACAAUACUCUUUUCAGUAUUGCUAUUACCCUUUUCUAAGCGGUCUCCUUGUGACCUUCGCGAAGGUCUGUUCUUUUAGACGCCUUUCCUCUAUUGUGAACAAUCUGAUUUUUCUUUUGACAAAAAUUAUUAUAAUUAAUAGACCGAUGAACUCACUUUGAUGAGCUGUGCCCAAUUUUAAAUACGAUCCAUUUGAAAAUCUUUGCUGCUAAUACAGUAGUACACUGCUGUAAUUCACGGUUUAACGUGAAAGGAAGAUGCCAUGAGAAAACACCUAACUACUGACAUUGUAAAAUUUGAGCAAGUGUUGACACUGGAACUCUGCAUAAAAUUAAUAACAAUGACCUCGGUGUAUUUCGUUAAAAAUUCCCCAACUGACGAUAAUGGUUACUCUUUGCAUAAUCGACUCGGUACGAUCAUGUACACUAGGUCAACUUUCAUAGGAAGCAUUUAUUGCCACGGGUUAUUCGUGAGAAAUGGGGGAGUGAACAUUGUUUUGGUAAAACAACAUUUGGGGAAGUAUCCGAAUUGCCGAGGGGGGAAAAAUACAUAAAAUUUAUGGAAUAUUAAUACUAUGUAAUGAUAGUUUUAUAUGAGGAUGAUAGACGAUGUAUCUGUUAUAGAUAUUUUUUCUACUCGAGUUGCGCAUAUGUCGGAUGUUAUCGAGUGUAAUUGUAAAACAAAUUGUCUUAGGCCAAUAUGCACGGUCCUAUCUGUGCGCGAACCGUGUCUUCGCAUUAAAUGUGACACUUGGGCUUUGCCAACUAAUACGUUAAGUUCUAAAAUAUAUUUCAAUAAAUUGAUUGCCGAUCGACUAAAA